GGCUUGUUUGCUUUCCUGACCGUGGUGGUGUUCGGUACCCUAGCGUUACUGAUUUGAAAAAGGGGUUAAGUAGGUGGCAGUGCUCUGAAUCACCGUUUCGUUAAAAGUUUACGUAUCUGGGAAUGGUAUACUUGGAGGUGAAACUGUUCGUUUUGAGGGAGAUACAGCCUCAUGAGGAGUUCUUCUGGUCAUUGAGGAAGAAGUUCGUCGAGAACGUAAAAAACAAAAUAAAACACCUGCAGGAAGCGUUUUCAUUAACUUACACACCCCGUGCUUUGUUUUGUAAGAAAGGAUGGAUCGGAAGAUCAUCGUUUACGAAAGUUUAGUAAUAUUGAGACAAAAAUAAUCCCUGAUCCCUUUUCCCACUCGAUGUACUUACCUGUUUUUUGUUUUUAAAGUAUUUCAAUAAGUGUGUAGUAGUUGAAUCUAGAGCACUGUAAUUAUUUUGAAUGCUGCAAGUAGGUUACACUUUUCCUAUACAUCGUUGUUUGUUGGUGGAAUGAUUAUACGAUUUUUAAAUUUACAUCGGGUGUAUUUUUAAUCUUCCGGUCUGGCGCUAUGUACCUUCUUGAUCUAUAACAACUUGUUCUGCAAGGAAAAACAACAAUACAUUUCAAAGGCAAUAUAUCUGCAGGUUCCCCUGGACAUAAUAGAGAAAAUGAAAAUCAGUUUUGACUCUGAUUCUGGAAGAAGCCAGACAGGAAGCUGCCCUGUGGUCACUGCUAAUUGAAUCAGCCGGUUGCAAAUACAGCAGCAAAAUGGCAUUUCUGCAAUGGACAUAAUAAACACCAGAGCACAAGACUCUGUGAGAAAUGCUGCCCCCAACUUACGUUCCGGGUUUCCACGACGAGGAGGCCGUGAGGGCGAUGCGGUACAAUGACCUCGGCACGACGGGCCUCGAGGUGUCCCACCUGGGGCUGGGUGGCGGCCCACUGGGGAUAUAUGGGGACUACCCUGAAGAGGAUGCGAUUGCUACAGUGCGGGAGGCGAUCCGGCAGGGCAUCAAUUACAUCGACACGGCACCCUUCUAUGGCCUUGGGAGGUCUGAAGAAGUUCUUGGCAAGGCCCUGAAGGGCGUCCCUCGGCAGGCAUACUACAUCGCCACCAAGGUGGGCCGCUACACUAUGGACCCCCGCACCAUGUUCGACUUCUCUGCACAGAAGACGAGGGAGAGCUUCGCGAAGAGUCUCGAACUGCUGCAGCUGGACUAUGUGGACAUCAUACAGGUGCACGAUGUGGAGUUUGUUCAGAACCCAGAUGUAAUUAUCCGGGAGACUCUUCCAGUGCUGCAGGAGUUUGUGGCAGUGGGUAAAGCGAGGUUCAUCGGCAUCACGGGGUAUCCUCUCGAGCCGCUCCGAGAGAUCGUCGAAAAGAGUGGCAGCGUGAAGGUGGACACGGUGCUGUCGUACACCAGAGACACUCUCGUAGACGACACACUACAGCGGCAUCUGCCAUUCUUCAAGGAGAAGGGCGUGGGCGUGAUCUGUGCGGCAGGCACGGCGAUGGGCCUCCUGAGCAGUACGGGACCGCAGCCGUGGCACCCUGCGCCCCAGAAGCUGCGGGAUGCGUGCCGGGCGGCAGCUGACUACUGCAAGGAGAGAGGUGUCGAGCUGGCCCGACUGGCGAUGCACCACGCUUUGACGCGCGAGGGGCAGGCGACACACGUCGUCGGAAUCAACAGCACACAAAUCCUGCGCUCCAACCUGCAGAUCCUGCGUGACGGGCUGACUUCUACAGAACAAGAGGUGCUGCGUGAUGUCCAAAAGAAGUUCUUCGCUCAGCUGCCGGUGCGCCACUGGGAAGGCCUGGAGCUGACAAUGCUGAGGGAAGAGUGGCGGAAGAUGGGGAUGCUGUGAGUUGCGAGGCCUCGCAUCGUGAAAUGCAGGGCAUUGAAAGCUGUUCGUGUUGCCUCUCUGCUGUCAAAACUAUCCCUUCAAAAAUUCACCGUCUGCUCCUCUGCCGGUGGCUGGUGCCUCUGUAACUCGAACGUACUGCAGUCAGCAUUCUAAACGGGCCGGGCUUGACCGUCUGUACGAGUUUCGGUCACACUUGAGCUGAUUUUUUUGAAAGUUUCUGUUUGGAAUGUGCAUCAUAUAUUUGUAUAAAGGUGUACUCGCACUGAUCGUCAACAGUAUGAAAGGGGUCUUUUCACACUAGACAGAACAUCAAUACGAAGAUACUUUGUUACGUCUCCUUCAUGCUCUUCACAUCACAUUAAUUUUCUUAAGUGAUAGCAUUUCCAACAGUGUUUCCUCCAUUUCUCUUCAAUUACGCUCAUUGUAUGAACUAUGUAUUACAAGAAAAUUUCUACUUUUUGCGUAAAAUGUGUGCUGCUCUGCUUUGGAUGCAUUUUUAGUAAUUCAUCUGAUCCUCUGUUUUAUUUACUUUCUUUUUCAUUCCCCUCAACUUUACUGUAUGUUCUUUUCUUCCUUCAUUCCUCUCCACUUCAAUAUCUAUGUUUUCUGUAAUUUGUUUUCAUUCAGGAGUAUACAUGAAACCAAACAACAAACACAAAAAGAGUAAAGAAUAAAACUACACAUCUGUAUAAAAAAAAGAAACAAUUAUCCUGUUGCUACUAUAUUUAUAAUUUCUCUCUCUUGAUCUGAAGAUUAAUCCUACUUAAUUAUAUCAGUGUGUCAUCAUUGUGUUACAAUCCCUCACACGGAAUAACUGAAGCCUUCUAUACAGCUUUGCCAAUUCACAAUGUCACCACAACCUACAUUCCAAAAUAUUAUAUAGAUGGAGUAAAAGAGAAAUAAUCGGGGUUUUGUUCUCUUCCUUUUUGCACAUGUAUGAUGUCACACAGCACUAUGUUGUUACAUCAUGGUGCAAAGCCAACAUCCAGUACCAGUAGCUUCAGUUGACCCCCUUAUGCAGGGGUCUUCUUUAAAGACAAUGUAAUACUUUCAUUGCAAUGGUGGCUUUUCUAAAACUGCAAAUGCCCACAGCAUCUAGAUUAUUAAAUAUAUAUGCAGUAAAUAAAAUGUUUAUCUAUAGUCCAGAAUUCACCCAUUUUAUUGAUUUUGUAUCAAUAUCUGCUAAAUAUACAUAAAUGUUAAUUCUCAGUACAGUCUGCAAAUCUUAGAACUCAAACUGGAGUGUGCUUGAGUAUUGCACCUGUGCAGUUCUGCUCAAACAGUGGAAGUGUUCUUCUUAAUUUUGUCAAACAAGAGAGUGAUGAAACUCACUUUCACAUCUCUCUCAUGAGACAGUAUGCUGUAAACCCAGUGAUUAAACUGCUUCUUUUAUGCUAACAUUUUGUCCAAAUCUAACAGACUACCUGACGGUGAAUUAUUUUGGCUGUUUCACCUUCCCAUGUGGUGUGGGAAUAUCACAGUUUCCCUUAGCCCAUUACCAAACGGUGAAAAUGAGGUUAUGAGAUACCAUCAGUGAUACGUAGUCAGAAUACGGCAUCAGAACUAAGGAACUAGCAGUAAUAAAAUUUAUCAAUGACCAAAGUAAAAAUCAUAAAUAAUGGUCUUGACUGAAGUUGCAUUGUACAACUUACACACAGCUGAGAGAUGGUACAAUAGGGAAAGUGUCAUCCAAACAUUUUAGAAUGUCAGCAUCUGCUUGAUCGAUAUAAAUAUGUACAAACACACUAAACAAUAUUUCCAAGACAAUGUAUAACACAUUUUUACUUUAUCCUCUGUCUUGCUCUUCCCUCCCCAUCCUUCUUUUCUUACCUGCCAAAUAAUGCCAUGAAAAUCUGAUUUUUCUCCUGACUAGCCCUUUCACUACUUAAAAAAAAAAAAAAAGAGUGUUACAUUUGUUUCAUUAGUCUAUAUUGUAAGCUCUAUUUGUCUGGGUAUUGUUAAAACCUAAAUUAUUUUUCCAUUUCACACUUGUAGGUAAAAAUGUACAAGUUGUCCUGCAGCCUUUCGCGAAAGCGAUGCAUAUAUUCAAGUAAAUUUUAAGAAAGCAAAAUAUCCACUACUGAAUCACGGAUGAGUGAGUGUGGUGAGAUUAAAUUAAUUUUGAAAGUUAGCAGGUGAUGCUACCAAGCCUCCGCAAACAUCAAAACUCUUUCCCGAGAAUAGUUGACGGUGAUAUUCUAUUGUGCCCCGUUCUGUUUUGUCCCAUUCCAUUCUGUUGGCAUUUCAGUGUUAAUCGACUUAAAACAUGCAGAACAAAUUUAAUGGUUGUACUAGUCUGUAAAGAUUGUAAAAAUCAAAAGCAGAGAGGGAGGAAGGAGUAAUCGAUUCACAGGGAAUUUCCGAAUCACAUCCAGUCUCCACUUCUAGAUUAUUGUAAUAGAUCCUGCAAGGAUCUGAGAGAACAAACAACACACAAUUCCCUCAGUUCCUGAAAGAAUGCUUGUCAUUGUUCUUCAUCUCUUGUCAUCUUUGUUCUCUAUCUGCUGCUACCUACUGUAUAAAAUGUAGUGAUGGUUUAGACACAGCACAUUUACACAAAAGAAGUCAACAUUAAGCCAUCACAAGUCAUCUUAGGUUGUGGUGGAGCAUAGUUUGUGUACCAUUGUCACCCCCCCCCCCCCCCCUUUCAUUCCUGUAGCAAAUGGUGUGUGGGAAGAACAACUUUUGUAAGCCCCCACCUUAGCUCAGAUCUGUCUAACUUUACCUUCAUGGUCUUUUUGCGAGAUAUACGAACGAGUAAUCAGUAUACAAGUUCAUUUUUCUAAGAAGAUAUUCUUUUGGAUUUUCAAUAGUAAACCACACUGUAAUGCACAACACACUUGCACUUCCUGAACAAGCAAGUGGUGAAGCAUGCUGAGCUCUUCUUUGAAUGUUCCCUCUCUGCUACAUUAUUCACAAUUGGUAAGAGCUAUAGAGAUGGAUGAGGAGUACUUGUGAAUCGUGAGUUUGAAAAUGGUUCCUCUGCCGAGAAAUGAGUCUGCUCUUCCCCCACCUUUGAUUGAUCUGGCCUUACGCCCCAACUGUAACAAUGCAGAAGUGUGUGCAGAAAUUUUCAAACUGUGUGCCAAACGGGGACUCGAACCUGGGACCUGUGCCUUUCACAGGCAAGUCCUCUACCUGCUGAGCUAUCGCAGUACGACUCACAUUCCGCUCUCGAGGCUUUUAUUUUCACCAGUACCACUUCUCUGUCCUCCCUGAACAAGACAGUUCUGGAUACAAUGUGGGGUUGUCACUUCCAGAAGAAAGGAUAGACAGAGAAGUGGCUUAGCUGCAGCUGAGGCAAUUGCUUCACUCCACUGUGUAAUCAGGAAUUAUUCAGAAGCCACUAAUCACGAGCUGUACAAUUUAAUGUGCAAUCUCAAGUACAAAUUGCAGCGCAUCUUGGCAACUCUGUGAAUGUGUUGCACAGAUUUGUGGUAAUGAAGCUUUCACUGAUGACUCAAGUAUAACCAUUAAUUUUGCUGCUGUAGCUCAUAAUUAUUAGGUCACACUGUACUGGAACAAACUAUCAUAAGGUUUUAUCAACUUCUGCUGACUGCAGUAGAACAACUCUAAGUAGCAAAGUGUUACAUCAAGUACAUGUUGGAUGGCAGUGUGGAAAAUAACUUGUCCGUACUGCAUUUUUCCUAGCAUGGAGGAUAUGCAGUUCUCAAAGUUAUUGACUGAGGCCUCUUGCUGUUCUCAGACUUAUGUUUGUAUGAUCCUCGCCUCUCUAGUGUUUACUGAUGUGGUACAAAACUUAUACCCCUUUAAAUAAAGAAUUCUGACUUUCAACAGUGGCAGGAACUUCAGUUUGUAUUUUUGUCAGUCUGUAAAUAAUUAAAGAAAUUAGGAUAACACCUCAUCAAAUAUUAGAGGUGCUGAGUUGUUGUAUGGCUCAUAAAUGAGAGAAAGAACUUAACUAUUAUAUUUAAGCUGAAUCCUCCUCAAGUGCCCUGCCUACUCCACAUGACACAGCCCCUCAAACCAGUCGUGCUGCUGUGUGCGUGCACAUGCACUUGUGUGUGUGUGUGUGUGUGUGUGUGUGUGUGUGUGUGAGAGAGAGAGAGAGAGAGAGGGUGGGGGAAUUGCACUUUGGGAUUUGUCUGGAAGCUAGGAAAUUCCUCUCUUUCCUUUAUGUGCCUUUUGACAACUCAGUGUGUCUAAUAUUCAGGAGGUGUUACCCUUAUUGCUUGAAUUAUUUAUAUUCCCCCAGGACCUUCCAUUACCAGUUUUGUCAGUCUGGACUUAUUUGGGGGGCAUCAUAAAAUUGCCAUUGCUUUUAUCCACUGUCCAUUGGCGACUGAGUAUAUGGUGAACUAAUUUUAAGAAGUUGGUGGUAGGUCACCUUUCGAUAUUCUAAUAUGUGCUGUGUUUGAACAGAACAGUUCUCAUUUUUUAGUGUUUAUAGUAAAAUGAUUUUUUUUAAAAAAAGCUUGAAGUAAAAGGACAUUGAGUGUGAGCAGAAAGUGGCCUCUAUUUGCCCAGAAAUUUAAAAAAAUAAUAAAAGUAAUCUUUUAUACAUAUUGUUGAACACCCGGCCUGUUUGAUCAGCAGUGACCAGUUUUUCCUCCCUUUUGCCUCUGCAACCACUUCUCCCUACAUUUGAUAAUUUGUGUAAAUCGCAGUGGAGAGGUGAGUCUGCUGUGUCGAUGAAACUGUAUUCCAUCAGUCGGCUCUUCCCCUUUGCCAGAGGCUGUACCGUUUUCUGUACACACAAUAUCAGGGAUGUCGGGCGCACAAGAAUGGCUACGAGAUGGCCAGUAUUGACUCCUUUCCACCCGGUGCCGAACUAAGCAGGUGAUAUUGUCUGUAGAAUCACUGUAUGUUAGUAUUUUGUUAUUCUGACUGUAGAGAUUUCCCUAAGCAGUCAUUACCUCUGUCUCUGCUCCCGCAGCACAGGUACUCGGUGUUUUGUAUGCUGCCUGCAGCGUUUGUGGGGGCAGUGGGUACUCCCAUCCCCCCUUUUGUGCACAUUGUCAUUUGUAAUGCUCCAUAGAGAGCAGUUCAUCAUUUCCACAACAACAAAAGACUUAUUUCAUUUUCUCUCUCUACUGCCAAUACCAGUUACCUUAAUUCAUACUUUUUCUUUAUAUUUUAAUUGUCUGACUGCUUGAUUACUUUGUUAAAUAAAGUACAUAAUCUGACAA